CAAAGAAGAGAAAGACUCGAAGAAGCGAGGCCUCACGGAGAAGUUCAUGGAGUAUGUCAAGCGAAGACUCAACCCACAACCAGAGGAAGAAUGCGAGGAGUCGAUCUUCCCCACCGGCGUGGCGCGUCACCGGCCCGAGCCGCCGGGCGCGCUCGCGCAGAGCACACGCUUCACGCCGCAUGAGAUCAAGCUCAUGUACCGAGGAUUUAAGCAGGAAUGCCCAUCAGGCGUGGUGGAUGAAGAGGCUUUCAAGAAUAUCUUCUGUCAAUUCUUUCCUCUUGGAGAUGCCACGCAGUACGCUCAUUAUGUGUUCAAGACUAUAAAACACAAGCAAAGCGGAAAGGUGAACUUCGAGGAGUUCCUUGACAUCCUAUCCCGAGUGGCUCGAGGCUCAGUGCAAGAGAAGCUCUCCUGGGUGUUCACGCUCUACGAUGUAGACGGAGACGGACGCAUCUCCCGCUCAGAGAUGCUGGCAGUCGUCCAAGCUAUAUACGAACUGUUAGGCAGGGCUGCGGCCCCGCCAGUUCAUAGCACGGCUGCUAAAGACCAUGUGGAUAGAAUAUUUCAUCUAAUGGACACGAACUGCGACGGAGUAGUAACACCAGACGAGCUAGCGCGCUGGUGCAGCCGCGACCCCGCGCUGCUCAGCUCACUCGACACCAUGGACACAGUGUUGUGAUCCACAGCCCGCAGCGCCGAGCACAGGUCAGACUCGGCGCGUGCAUCCUGCUCAACAGCAGCUGACAACUGUUCCCCCUCCCCCUCUGGCCUCCCCACCACCCACUCCAUCACCUUCACCCCUCAAAUAGACAAGGACAGAACCAGCAUCGAAAGCUACGCUCCACAACUGCAUCACCAUACGAAAGAAAGAGAAAGAAGCAUUGCUGAGAGCUUCGCUUCAGUGGAAAGGCAUGUAGACAGAGAUAGGAGUAUUGUUGAGAGUGAGUGUGAGAGCGGGAUAGAGAGUGGUGCGGCUAGUUCGUCUACAAGUGGAGUGAAGAGUGUGGUUAGCUCUGGGAUUGGUAGGAGUGAGGAAGAGAGAGAUAGAGUGGACAAGAAAGAAGAGAAGAAGAAGCAGCCGCCGCCGGUACCUGCUAGAGUUACUGCGUGUAUAACUGAAGAGACAGUUCAACGCAAGGUAAAGCGGCGCCCUCGAAGAUCCAGCUCGCCACAACUACCACGGUGAAGCAGACCUUAUGUCAACAGCCAUAAGGUUCACUUUCCUUCAAACGUGCUUAUGAUUACUACGCAUUCCAAUACGUACCUUAAUCUAACUUUAAGUCUUAAAGAGUUUAAGAAAUUAAAUAAAACGAUCUUCAAAGAAUUUUAAAGAUAAUAAUAUUUCAGAUUCAUUGAUUAAUAUUUCAUCGUAAUUUUAAGGAAUCUCUUCGGAAAAUAUUUCUUGAACUUUGUAGAAAGAAUAAUUAUUUCAGAAGUUCUAAUACUCUUCUAAUUCAAUAAGUGGACUUAGUGAUAUGGGCCUUAAUACCAUAAUAUAUUUAAAUAACUUAUCGUACUUAAUAUAAGACACGAAAAAUCUUUGAAAAUGUUAUUCAAAUUACACAAUUAUAGAUGUUUUAUUUCACGAAAGC